CUGGUGGCCCCGGCCGUGGCUUCGGUGGCGGGCGGCAGCGGCGGCUUCAGCACCAGCCUGCAACAAGCGAGGCCGCCCGUCUACGCCAACCUCAGCAACUUUCAACCCGGGCGCGGUGCGGCGGCCGCCGGCGGGGCGCCCUCCUACGGCGCGACUGGCCUUGCGUUCGCCGCGCAGCCCCAGCAGCAGCAGCCGCCACCGCAACCGCCGCACCACCUGCAGCAGAUCCCGGUGCAGCACCCGCGGCUGCAGGCCCUGAAGGAGGAGCCGCAGACGGUGCCCGAAAUGCCCGGGGAAACACUUGCCCUCUCCCCCAUCGACAUGGAGUUCCAGGAGCGGAUCAAGGCGGAGAGGAAGCGCAUGAGGAACCGCAUCGCUGCCUCCAAGUGCCGGAAAAGGAAGCUGGAGAGAAUCGCCCGGCUGGAGGAAAAAGUGAAAACCUUGAAAGCGCAGAACUCGGAGCUGGCGUCUACAGCCAACAUGCUCAGGGAACAGGUGGCACAGCUUAAACAGAAAGUCAUGAACCACGUUAAUAGUGGGUGCCAACUCAUGCUAACGCAGCAGUUGCAAACGUUUUGAGGAGAGACUGUCGGGGGCUGAGGGACAACGGAGAAAAAAAAAAAUAACAGACACAGACUUGAGAACUUGACAAGUUGCGAGAAAGAGAGAGAGAGAGAGAAAAGAAGUGUCCGAGGACUAAAGCCAAGGGUAUCCAAGUUGGACUGGGUUGCGUCCUGACGGCGCCCCCAGUGUGCACGAGUGGGAAGGACUUGGCGCGCCCUCCCUUGGCGUGGAGCCAGGGAGCGGCCGCCUGCGGGCUGCCCCGCUUUGCGGACUGGCUGUCCCAGCGCAAACAGAACCUUAGACUUUUCUUUAACAUUGACCAAGAACUGCAUGGACCUAACAUUCGAUCUCAUUCAGUAUUAAAAGGGGGAGGGGGAGGGGUUGCAAGCUGCAAUAGAGACUGUAGAUUGCUUCUGUAGUGCUCCUUAAGAAUACAAAGCGGGAGGGGUCGAGGGGGGGAGGCGGGAGGGAGGUUUGUGAGAAUGAGGCUGAGCCUACAGAUGAACUCUUUCUGGCCUGCCUUCCUUAACUGUGUAUGUACAUAUAUAUAUUUUUUAAUUUGAUGAAAGCUGAUUACUGUUAAUAAACAGCUUCAUGUCUUUGUAAGUUAUUUCAUGUUUGUUUGUUUGGGCGUCCUGCCCAGUGUUGUUUGUAAAUAAGAGAUUUGGAGCACUCUGAGUUUACCAUUUGUAAUAAAGUAUAUAAUUUUUUUUA